UCAGCGGGAACCUCGAUGUCGACAUGUUCAACAAGUUCAUGGCGGAAUUCCUCCGGGAGAACAGUGCCAAUCUGUUCCGAUCGAAGGGUGUGCUGGCGUUCAAGGACCAGGAGCGGAAGUUUGUGUUCCAGGGAGUGCACGAGCAGAUUGACUGCGAGCCGGCGAUUAACGGGUGGGCCGAGGGCGAAGAGCGCGUGAGCAAGAUAGUCUUCAUCGGUCUCGACCUGGACAAGGACUACAUCACCGAGAGCUUCAAGGCUUGUAUCGUGCCAGAGGCGACAGAGGCGUGACGUAGAUCAAUAUUCCACUUGUCGUGACCAUUGGGACAAAAUGGUAUCUGUUAUCCGAAUGGUCCUUUUAUUUCCGAACAAAGUGGUAUUUUCGUCUAAGUAGCAAUAGUCAGAGCGAAAGGCAGCAACCCCCUUUCUUCUUCGAGACAACUCGCAGCGAGACGUCGUGCGACGAAGAGAACGAAGCACGAGGAAAAUAAUCGCACGUCCGUUUGGAAAAGUAUCGCACUUUUUUGUUUUUUCUGCGCGGCAAUGAAGCACGGCUUAGGAUUGUAUUCCGUUAUUUUGGCCACGUACCCCACCCCCGUGUGUGUAUGCCGAGAGGAAGAGAAAGACGAGUUCCCCAGCUGCGUGUGGGACUCUCGAUGGAAAAGCUUCCUUUUGUUUCCCCGUUACUAUGCGAGGGUGUGGCUCCCGCUGGACUCAAACUUCAUAUGCCGAUUGUAUAUGCGCCUCUUGGAUCUGUUGGAGGGAGGCUGGUGCGAAAAAUGAAUAUUGGGGUACAGCAGUGUGUUGUGCUGCCUUUGUUUUAUUUGUUGUUUUAUUUAAGUAGUCUCCUGCUUUUUUCUGAUGUUGUCGCAGUCGCCUUUUUUGCGGGUGAUCGGUUUGGCGCAGGCGGGCGCCGCGCCCUCAUGUGGAACAUGGUUGCACCGAGGAAGGGAGGUCUUCGGGACCUUGCCCGCGGAAGAGGGACUGAAACAGCAUGCAUACGCUUCGCUUGUUUUUCGCAUGUGGGUUGAAGGCGUUGGGAAAGUGGCAAGCGUGUUCCUGUGCACGCUCUUUGUGUUUUCACAUGUUUGUUGUGUGAUGCUACAAUACAGCUGGACGUGCCCUUGCUGAGUUUAAAGAACAUUCCCUCCGAACCAUCGCCGGUAGCUUGUGGGCGGAGUGGAUGGCGAUAGCGGGCUCAUGUCGUAGCUGAGUGUGUGCCCGAUUCAUGUGUUUUACAUAGUAGCCGUUGUGAUUUCUAGUUGCCUGCCUCCCGUGGAAGAGAUCGCUCUCUGAGAAAUCGCCGCUAAAUCUAAUCAACAGUUC